AUGUCAAAUUCCUCGGACGAGAUCCAUCAUAUCAAAUCCCUUAUAACUUCAAACGACAAAUGGAACAAAUCUUUGGGCUACUCAACGCUCCUGCAUUUCCAACAACAUUCUGCUCACAAUCCUUCUUCUAUUCAAUCCUUAACCGAAUGUUCCCAGGUUCUAAUCUGUUCAAUAGUUUCCGACAUCCACGACGAUGAUGAAGAAGUAGUUGCGCAGGCGUUGAAGGGCUUGGGCUUCAUGAUUUAUCAUCCCGUUCUUGUGGCCGCACUCCGAGUGGAUGAUGUCAAUUUGGUCUUAGAGUCAUUGGUCAAACUCAUCACGACCACAAAAUUGAAGUCUGCUUGUAAUUUAGGGGUAUGGUGCAUAUCUGUCCAGCAAAUAGAUGCAUCCAUUCUUGCAACUCACUUCCGUUCUUUGUUAUUGGCAAUCAUUCACGCCUUUGACAAUCCUAUGGGUUCUUUAUCAACAACGUUUGAAGCUAGCCAGGCUGUAAAAAAGCUAGCUGUUCAAUUGAGGGAGGAAAUGAGAAGCUCAUCACAUAUAUGGGCUCCUCCAAUAUAUAGGAGGCUUCUCAGCACAGAGAAGAGAGAGAGGGACGCUUCAGAAAGGUGCAUGUUGAAGACUAGGUCCAUAAUUAUUCCUCCUUCACUGGACCUCUCCAAGGCUAUUGUCAAAGAUUUGAAGAAAAAAUUGCUCAUUGGAAUGAAGGAUUUGCUUGACCAGGGUAUGAAGAUUCAAGUUAUUCAAGCAUGGGGCUGGUUUGUCCGCAUGCUAGGGUCUCAUGCUUUGAAGAACAGGCAAUUGGUAAAUGAUAUGCUGAAAAUUCCUGAGAGUACAUUUACAGAUCUUGACUAUCAAGUUCAAAUUGCCACUCAGGUUGCCUGGGAAGGUCUAGUCGACGCUCUUAUUGACUGUCCCGUGAUGGCUUCUCAGAAAAAUACACCAUUUGAUGAGAAUUCUCUUCAGAAACGGCAUAGAAUUGGACAUCAUAUCACUGACAUUGAAGCAAAUGGAUUUUCAAAAAGUAUAAAGUUGAUAAUGACUCCAUUGAUCGGCAUUAUGUCUAGUAAUUGUGAUAUAUCUGUCCAGUUAUCUUGCUUGAAUACAUGGUGUCAUUUACUAUAUAAGCUUGAUACCUUUGUCAAUGAACCAUUGGCGAUAAAGAUGGUUUUUGGGCCCAUUCUUGAGGCGAUUUUUCAGAAAGGAAUGGAUGACAGGAUGAUCUCGUUGGGCCUUGACCUGCUCUGUGAUAGUAUUUUACAGAAGUGCGGGGAUGGUUUCUACCAGUCAACUAACCAGGCAAGACCCAGACUGUCAGAAAUUGGGCCUUCUUUAUCUGGAAAAUAUUCUUGGAAGCAACAUCGCAUCAAAUGGCUGCCAUGGGAUAUCAGCCGGUUGGACUUCUACCUAAGGAUGAUAUCUGUUCUCAUCCAUCAAGCAUCUGGAACAACUGUCACCAGUGAGCACCGAAGUUCCGUUUAUGACACUGCCUUGAAGUUAUUUGUAUAUGUUCUGAAAGGGGUUCAAUUAGACUUGACAAAUCCAUCUAUUAAUUAUGAUGGUAUAAUGCGGUGCUUAAACUCAUUACUAACAUUCAUGAACAAGACAUGUGAGGAUUUGUUUUCAAACAGCAGUGAAAAUAGUGAUUUAUGUUACAUGUUCAUUCAGUUUGUAGAUGCUACCACUAAGGAGUUAGGUCCUUCUAUCUUGGGAUCUCCUCUGUACAAGUUCGCAUUUGACCUAAAGUCCAUUGACAGCUUGCAGCCAAUAGAUCGUCUCAAACACCUAAAUUUGCCUAGUGUCAUUUUCAUUUCUUAUAUGGACAAGGUUUCUCCAUUGAUUUAUUUAAUAGCACUUUACUUCCAUAUGGUGGGUCAGCUAACUUCGAAAUCCCCCAAGUCAGACUGCAAUUCUCAAGGGAUGUGUGAAUAUUUUAAGUUUUUAUUUUCCUCAAGUGAUUCCCUGGAUAUUCUUCUCACUUGUGUUGGCUUGUUGUACAAACACGUUCAUCCAACUUACUUAAAUAUAUGGGUAGCAGUAGCUCAGGGUAUGAGACAUUCUGUGCAUGAUGCUAAGUGUAAGUCAAUACGGGAAGCAAUGCCUGACAACGCCUGUUAUUCUUCCGUGUGCCAUCUUUUAAUUUACCCCCUGUUGGUACACUCAGACAUUCCAAACUUGGAGAAGCAUCCCAUAUUAUCAGAAAGAAUGCCCAUGCUUGAACUCAUUGUCCAAACGUGGAAAUUGCUUUAUGGACAUUUUAGUGCGUCAGAAUUUAGAUGUUCAGCAACCACCAAUUUCCAUGAAGAUAUUUGUUCCUUGUUAGCUGGAUUCCUUGAUGAAAAUGUUGGCUUACUUGAGAGCAGUACUGAUACUAAAUCAACAGGGAAGAAUACUGGUGUUGACCUCCUUUAUUUAUUGGGAAAUUUUAUGAUAUGCAUUCUAGAACAGAUCCAGACUACAGAAUUAAUUUCGGCUACAAUCAGCAGUCAAAAUGGCAGUUGUAGGCAAAAAUCCAACAGCAUUGAAAACUGCUUAAAAUUUGCUGCUAGGUACCUGAACUUCUUGGGGACGAAGAAGAUAGUAGAUCCACUGCCUGGCUUUGCCAGCGCCUCAAGGGUAUAUUCUGCGUUGGCAUGCUUCGCCGGUUGUCUCCACCGUAAGCAAGAUAUUCUUAUUUCCCUUGAGGUUAUGUCCUCCCCACUGCUUGAAUGGCUAUCAAAUAUGGGAAUGUGGGAUGAAAGCACCGAUGAUCAACUCCAACUCAUGUGGACUGAAAUUCUUGGGUGCCUAAGAAGAAGUCAGCCGCCAAUAAACUUUGGCUCGGCUUUUCUGCAACUUUACGAACCCUUGUUUGAAAAAACUCUUGAUCACCCACAUGCCUCCAUUUCAGAGCCAACCAUUGACUUCUGGAAUUCAACGUUUGGCCAACAAUUUGUAUUGGAUUUUCCACCCAAUUUGCUUCCUGUCUUGGACAAGCUAUCGAGAAACCGUAAGUUAAAACUCCAGAAAAGAAGCCUCCCAUUUCUCCAAAAAUGCCGCUCUCAAGAACAAGCCAAUCAUGCUGGGGGAUACAAGCUGGCUCCAAAGCAGAACAGCUCGUCUAAGAGAGUGGAAUUAGUGUUGGAUUAUAGGAACCAGCUAGAGAAGAAAGAGGCAUCAGUACCACCACUGCCUUUAAAUUUGAAAAGAAAGAGGUUAGAACUGACUGAGCAUCAAAAGGAAGUGAAGCGAGCACAGCAAGGAAAGGAAAGGGAUGCUGGAGGACGUGGCCCAGGAAUUCGAACUUAUACUAAUGUCGACUUUUCACAAGGACUUGAAGAUUCCCAGGAAAGUCAAGAGGUAAGGGAUUCCGAAACCAUAUUGCUUUUGUUGAGAAAAGCUAUAUAACUGUUCUCUGAGGGUUGGGUUGACACUUGCACAGGAU